GUGGCUAGAAUUGAGAGGUGACGCCAGCGCCCGCAUAUCCGCCGAGAGAGCGCGAUCCUCCGCUUCAAGCGCCGCCGCGACGGCCACCGCGGCGCUGCUGUCAGCAUAGUGAUGCGAUGCAUUUUCCCGCGUCGUCUGGGCAGUGGCUCUUUCUCAUCGUGGAUCCUGCGGUGUUGUCUCGCUUAUGGAAAAAUGUAUUUCGUUGCUGACAUGCCAAUGUAAGGGCCAAGCUCAGUGGGACAGAUGAACUCCAGCGCUACGAAAGCGAAGCAACGUCACUGCUUCGCUCCCGGCUGCACUACCGGCUACGUGUCGUCGAGGCAGCAGGGACAAAAGGUCUCCCUCUUUUCUGUUCCCAAGGACCCUGCUCUCUUCGAAGCUUGGCGACGAGCCGUACCCCGUGCCGACAAGUCGUUGGACGCGAAGUCUGUGCUUUGUGAGCGCCAUUUCGACGAGCAGUAUAUUGAGCGUUUUUUCACGCACGUGAUAAACGGCGAAACUGUUCAGAUUCCGCGAGAGCGACCAGUGCUGAAACUUGACGCAGUGCCAACCGCAUUCCCAAAUGUCCCUGCGUAUCUUUCAAAAAAACCGCCGAAGAAAAGGACAUCAAGAACGUCCACAUGCGGUUUGCCUUCGAAGAUUCGGCGCCAGGAACCAAACACGUCUGCUUGCGAGGAAACCGACUCGCACAGUGCAGAAUACGAUGGUGACCAAGUGCCUGUUUUGAACUCGCCCGCAAUUCCUGACGUUCGCAAGUGUGGCCUUCCCAGCGCUUACUGGGCUAGACACCUGAUUGCUGGAGCCGACAACGUCACAGUGUUUGCAGUGUGUGCUCUAUAUGGAGACAAGAUAUGUUUUGAGAAAUAUGUGCUCAUGACAUCAAAUGAAAACACAGUUCGAGCGACAGUUUUUGUGCAGGGCACAAAAAUAAAGACCGUUGAUAUCACCGACACUGACAUGGCAGAAGAGUUGCUUCGCGACGUCAACUGCAUGAUACCGUGCGGAGGCUUUGGUAAAACCGGUGAAUUUGGAGUAAAUCCAAAAUAUAAGGAGAAGACUUUUGGCGACAGAACCUUCAGCCCAUCUUGCCGAGGGGUUGCUCAAACGCCGGAAAAAGCCUGCCCACAGUGCAAGCACCUCAGGAGACUGCUCCGGAAUCGAGAAUCCUACAGGCGAAGAAGAGGUAAAACCAGGGUGCAGACGCUUUCAUACAGGCUUAAGCUGCGAACAGCACAAGCGAAAAGGAGCCGCCUGAGUCUCCUCCAGGCUAAAUCGCGCAUGAAGCAAAUGAAAGAAAAGAAUGCACAGAAUGAUUCUACAGCCUUUGAAGAAGCGGUCAAGGCGCUACCUGUGAAACAACAGUCACAAGUCAAGGCGUGCUUCGCAGCGUGUAGGAGGAAAUCCACCAAAGGAAUGAAAUAUGAAAGUGAGUGGGCCCUAGAGUGCUUGAUUAUGUCCAUGAAAAGUCCUCGCCUUUAUGAACACAUACGCAAAAACAAGAUCAUGACCUUGCCUUCUCGAACAUCCCUACGUCGAUAUUUGAAGAGCUACAGGAGUGGAUUCGGCCUAAGCGAGAAAGUGUUUGCUGCUGUGGCGGAAAAAACGAAAUCUAUGGACUCUUUCCAGCGCCAUGGCGGACUCUUAAUUGAUGAAAUUAAGCUAUCCGAACACUUGAGCUUAGGAUCCGACGGAACCAUCGAAGGUUUUGUGGAUCUUGGGAAAUUCACACCAGAAAGUGAGCGCUCCGUGGCAUGCGACCAUGGCCUCGUCGUAUUGUUUGUGCCUUUUACAGGAACGUGGCACCAGAUUAUUGGUGUGUUCGCAUCACGCAGCAAUGUGAAGUCAGAGAUGUUAGGCAAAAUAAUCCUCGAAGCAGUAGUCAUGUGCGAAAACGCCGGUUUGCACGUAGACUUUAUCACCACUGAUGGAGCUGCGUGGAACAGGAGUAUGUGGCACUCGUUCGGUAUACACGGCAGAAAAGAAAACACCGUCUGUAGAAGGCAGCACCCUACAGACCCAGAACGUUUUUUGCACUUCAUCUCGGACUUCCCACACCUUGUUAAAUGUGUGAGGAAUACUUUUGUUCGAACUGGCGUGAGACUGCCAGAAGGCCAUGCCAGUGUUGACCCUAUUGACUGUGCUCGAAAGCUUGAUGAACAGCAUGACACGACUCUCAAAGCCAUGCCUCAUAUUAGCACAUCCGUCGUGCGGCCAAAUGGCUUUGAGAAAAUGAGGGUAAAUUACGCAGUGAGGCUUUAUAGCGAUGAAGUCCUCAGGGGACUUUUCUUGUACAAUGAAAUCAUCGAAGAAAAGCAUGGGAGCACGGCUGCGACAGUCAGCUUUGUGGAAACAAUGAGAAGGCUCAUUGAGGCAAUGACUUCAAGGUGCAGCUCAGGAGCACUCAAGCCUGGAGGGACGCACGAGAAGUGCAUUGAAAACUUCUUGGCCUACCUGGACGAGUGGGAAACAGCUGCAGGCUCCGGAGGUUUCCUUAGCCGCAGUACAGCCGAAGGACUUCGUGUUACCUUGUCAAGCACGCUACACCUUCUCCGCUACCUGACGACGAAGUUGAAAUUCAGCUAUAUGAUGACAUGCCGCUUGAGUCAGGACCCUCUGGAGAGGCUGUUUGGAAUCAUCCGACAAAUGUCUGGAUGCAAUGACCAUCCGACUCCUUCCCAGUUCCUCAUCUCGGUUAACACUUUAAGCUUCCAGAAUUUGGCAAAACCACCGAAAGGAAGCAAUGUGUCCUCAGGACUGCUGAGGAGUCUGCUAGGAGCUGACAACGGAAAGGACCUGACUUCUCAGAGGAAGCUGGAUGAGCUUCUUGACGCAGGAAACCUUGCCGAAGCACAUGAAGUGCUCAGUGAAUGCGGCCACGGUACCGAGCAUGUUGACAUGGUAGUGCAAACCAGCGAUGCCAGGCUCAUAUACUACAUGGCUGGCUACGUGGCAAGAAAGAGCGUUGCAAGCACCAAAUGCGCAGAGUGCAGCCGGCAGCUCCUACAAGGCGAAAACGAUUCAGCUCCAGGUGCAGCAUCCCUCACUGCUGCUGUUGACCGAGGAGGCCUGCUGUACCCAUCAGCCAAGCUCAAUGAACUCGUGACCACUCUCGAGAACACUUUUACCCACUGUUUUAGUGUGAGAGAAGUCAAAUGUGACAGCAUCAUGGACUUGGUUUCCUUCUUGCAGUUAAGAAAGCUUACCCUCGUUGGCUGCCCUGACCACAGUAUGUCCCUCACAAACAAAAUUAUGAAGUUCUAUGUGCUUACUAGGCUCCAUUUUCAUGUGAAGGCUCAGAACAACAAGCGAAACGCAAGGCAGGAAAGAAUGAAAUUGCUAAAGCUUAGACGCGUGCUCUAAGUUUUAUAUUGUAGCUUUAAGUUUGAUUGCCUCUUUUUUUUUUUUUUUUUUUUUUGCUUAGUGGUAAGUGAUAUCUAUGCCUCCACAUUUCUUAGUGCCAAGCGAUGCACUGUCUGCGUGCAAUGUUUCAUUGUGUCUUAACUAGACACGAGCAUGUGUAAAUGUGCGUAUUUAUUUUUCAUUAUUUUACCCUGGUAUUUCAUGAUGUGAUGUACAAUAGAUCUUAAUAAUAUUAUGAUGUGC